AUGAAAUAUAUAGUACUAAUAUUUUUCUUUAUCACAGUGGGACUUGGUGAAAUUGUUCAUAGGAAUUAUCGUAAAGAUGGGGUUAAAGAAUUUCAAAUAAUAAAAUAUGUCAAAGAUAAUAAAUGUGAUUGUUCUUGUAAAUGUAAUCCACAAAGUCAACUUAAACUUUUUAUUGAAAGUACAACAGAUACACCAAUAUCUAAAUCAUCAUUAGAACAAGAUGAUGUAACAAAAAAUGUAAAAAAUACCAAUCUUGAAGAUAUCCUAUCAUCAAAUGGUAAAAAAAAUAAAAUGAUAGCAAUUGAUGUGAGUGCUGAAACAAAUAUUGUUACAGAUGAAGUUACACAGGUGAAAACUGUAAAUCCCACUGUAACACCAUCCAUGAAACCAUCACAUAUAGAAAGUUCAAAUAAAUUUGAAGUGACAUCAUCAUCAUCAUCACUAACAACAUCACCUGAAACUACAUUGUUUCAAAAAGAAUUUCCCACAACCAAGGUCAAUGAAAAAGAAAGCAUUUCAACAGAAAAUAUUGAUAUAACAUCUAUCGUGACAACUGAUGAAAUUGACGAUUUGACUACGACAAUUUUGCCAAUACUAAAAAAUCAAUUAACAAAAGACUUUGAUCAAGAUACUAUAACAAUUUCAACUACCAUUGAAAAUACAAUAAAUCCAGUAACAGAUGAAGUAUUAAAUAUACCAAAGUCAGAUGAAAUGAAAAAAGAAGAAUCAGAAUUAAAUAAAGAUUCUUUACCAUCAAGUAUAGUAACAAUUGAUAGUGUAUUAUUAACAAGUACAGAGGCUACCCUUCCAAAUGACUCAGUUCUUACAACAAGUGCUUUACCAGAAGUUUUAUCUACAAAAAAAACAUCAACUGAUGAAACAUUACAUACAUCUAGUUUUAUGGAAACUUCACAAUCAAAAUCAACAACUACUGAAACAGACAGUGAGGAGGAUGAAGAUGAUGAGGACAAUGAAAUUGAAACAACAACAUUUUCUAAAAAAACAUCUCCUAAAAUAAAGGAGAUAGCAGAAAAUGAGUCAACAGAUGUAUCUAUUGAAGAAUCUACAGUAUUUACAAGUAAAAAUCAAGAAGAAAAUGAUAUAACAUCAACGAAAAUGGUUAAUGAUAUAACAACAACCCCAACACAUAAAAUAUUAAGUACAGAAAAAGUGAAAGAAAAAAAUAAAAUAAUAAAUGAAUUAGGUUUACAAAUUUCAGAUUCAAAUAACACAAAUUCUGAAGAAGAUAUACCUGAGGCUGAAUUUUCAGAUACUGAGAAAAGUGAGCAUAUUACAAAUAAAAUUACCAAUACAACAAUAAAUUCUCAAGAAGAAGAAAUAACUACACAAACUUCAAAAGUAGUAAAAACAACUUUACCAAUAAUUAAUGUUGAUAUAAAAAGUAUAAUAAAUAAUUUAACAACAACAACAAUAAAAACAACAACAGAAGAUGACUCUGAAGAUGUUGCAUUUAAAAUGGAGGAGACAGAUGAGGAAUCUUUAGAAGAGGUAACUGAAAUAUUAACUAGUACAAUGCUAACAACACCAUCCACAACUAUUGCUUCAACAACCAAAAACAUUGAAAUCUUUAAUGCUUCUGAAGUAAUAGAAAAAAUUGAUAUUGUUACUGAAAAAGUUGACAAACUUGAUAGUUUAGAUGAUCAAUUAACAAAAGAAAUAUAUAAUCUUGUAAGUGAAAUAAGAUCUAAAUUUGAAAAUACCUCAACAACAUUAAAAAUUAAUGAAAAUGAUCAACGAUUUAUACAGGUCAAAUGGAGUAAAUUAAUAAAUAAACUUCGUGAAAAACUAGCCAAACUACAAAUUAAAAAAAUAAAUGAAGAAGAAGAAGAAAAAACUGGUAGUACAGAAGUUUUGGUACCUCAAACAACAACACCAACAAUAAAAAUAUUCUUAAAAAAAUAUAAAGAACAAAUAAAGUCAGACUUUUCAAUUGAUGAAAAUAAAGAUGAGGAAAAAAAGAUGGAGGUAAUUAAUUUUGAGGAAAAUAAUUUAGAAAAGGCUAAAGAUUUACGUAAGAAACAGGAGAAUGCUGAGGAUGAGGAGAAAAUGUCAAUAGAAAAAACUUUAGAUGCUUUAGCGGAGAAGGAAAGACUUUUACGUGAGGAGGCAGACCAGAAACGUUUACAUUUUGCUCCAAAUUAUUUAAAUAAAGUUAAAACAAUUAGUGAUACAACUUUAAUAAGGCAACCAGUACGUCGUGGACCUACUCCUGAAGAUAUAGAAGAUACAAUAAAAUUACCUCAAAUUCAAUGUGAACCGGUACGAAAUUUUAUAAAAAUUUUUAAAAUUAAUGAUCCAAAAUUGUGGAUACAAGAAAAUUGUCAAUUUGUCAAGCAAUAUUUUCCAUCUGCAAGUUGUGUACAAAUUAAAGACAUCCUAAUUUCAUGUUUGUAA